AUGCGGCUGUCAAUAUCAUGUGAUGCUUGCCGGCAAGCCAAGGUCAAAUGCGUCCAUGAAGGGCAACCACCCUGCCAACGUUGCUUGAAGACCAAGAAUCAAGAUUGUAGUUUGACAGAUCCCCGCGCCUCAAAACAGCGGACAAAGAGAAAUGUUGUCUCAUCAAAACCUCCAAGAAAACGAAAGGCCUCAUCGGUCUUAUCGCCCGGGGUUGAAGACGCAGAAACAAGCCCACCCGAGAAUGUCUCUGUGUCUCGGGAUGCAUCCGAGGACCCCGUGACGGCCUUGUCACCAGCGAUCGUUAUCAGCGCAGUGGAAACUUACCGGAAAAAGUUUCCAAUCACUAAUUUUCUCCAUUAUCCUUCUUUGAUCUCCGAUAUAUCAUCCAGCGUCCACCUGGUGGACUCCGUUUUUGUCGCUUCGGUGCUUUCGCUGUGCGUGCGGUUCAUGAGUAGUGAGGAACUUGAAGAAGAAGAGGUGUAUGCCGACUAUGCACGGAAGAAUCUGGCCCAACGUGUACUUGAGGCACCUUCGCUUUAUCUUGCGCAGUCCCUCGUGAUGAUCUCGUUCUAUGAGUGGGGUACUGGGCGACCAUAUCAGGCUUGGAUGUAUAGCGGCAUGGCGACAUAUAUGAUUCAAUCUCUUUUAAAGAUGGCAGAUGAUAGCAUGGAACACAAUCCCCAAGAGUUCCACGCAUCCCAAACACAAUACGAACAGCUAGUCCGAACCUAUUGGUGCUGCUUUGCACAAGACUGCGAGUUGAGCUCCGGUGCUCGUCAGCAUUUUGCUUUAUCCUUCUCUCAGAUUUCAGUUCCUCUCCCUAUCAGUGAUCGGGAUUUUACAUUUAAUCACACGCCAGCCAGCAGGCUGAUGCCUGCUGACAUGAACAAAGACUGUUUAUUAGCACGGGAUCUUACGAUCGAGCAUGGCCUCACGAUUGUAACUCGUGGGUUCGAUAUAUUUGUGCGGAUUCUAAGAUUCGCGAACGAACAUCGACGAGCGUUGGCGUCGUUGUCUUCGGAUGACUCGGCUACAUCGCCGCUUCUUUUGACUUGGCAGCGUCUCAAGGAAGAACUGGAUGAAUGGAGGUCUAUUCAGGAUGUCACAGUUCGGUUCCCUGCUACCAGUGUUCAGUCUCACGUGGCGCUCGGGUAUGGGGAGCUAUUCGCAUACAUCAAUUUAGUCUAUUGCAUGAGCAUCCUAUUCCUUCAUCGCGACCGUUUCUUAUCCAACCUCAAACCCCAUUCCGACGUUUUCCACGACACAAAUGAUAAUGCGCCUGGCGAACCCCAUACAAUCCAACAACUGUUCGAAGCUGCCCAGCAGAUCGGCGGUAUUCUCAAUGCACUAGAUGCCUCCGGCGCACCCGUCAUGUCCCCAUACUCCGGUUUCAGCGUAUUCGUCGCCGCUCACAUCAACAUGUACGGAACGAUCGCUCCGCAGCGAUACCCAGGCGGUCUCGAACGAGCCGAAGAAGAAAAGAGCCGGAAUCUCCUAUACCUUGAACGACUAAGUAAACUCUGGCCCGUGGGUCGCAGCUGGUGGCGAACCGUCCAAGAAGCAAACCGAUUUUACGAAACAGUGAAAAGUAACCAGGCCCACGUCGAAUCCGGGAUGCACAGUCCUAGGAGAUUCGCUCUGGCAGGGACCCUUGAUGAAUACGGGGAUAUACGAUCUCGUCCGAGCAAUGCACACGCAACUAGAGCGGCGACCGCGGAAUCCCGUCCUGGGGGCUCUGAUGCGCGUGGGCGAACUUCUUCGUCGCCGUUGGAUGGGGGUGGGUUCCUUGCCAGGGAGAAUGCCGCGCUUGGGCAUCAUGAUCUUGAGACGGAUAUGUUUCAGUGGCCGUUUAUCGAUGGGUCGUGGUCCUUGGGGUUUGAUACAGGGUUGGAUGGGUUGUGGUCUAAUUCUGGGUUGUUUGAUCCGAAUCCCGGUCUUAGAUGA